ACAUCAGAGAACCCCUCCCAGGAAACGAUCAAUGAACUGACAUCAUCAAUUUCUCGAUCAGGAGGGGCCUCUGGCAUUGGUUUGGGCAUUACCCGGCACUUUAUCUCCCAGCCUGAGACUCACAUCACCAUCCUCGAUAUCAACCCAAAGACCGGUACUCAGACUCUCCAGGAGCUCCAAGCCGAGCAUCCAUCGGCUAGCAUCUCAUUCGAAGAAUGCGAUGUGUCUUCUUGGGAAAGCCAAGCUGCCGUAUUUGAGAAGAUAUAUGCCGAGCAAGGCAGAAUCGAUAUUGUCUUCGCCAAUGCGGGCAUUACCGAGAAGGGAAGCUUGUUGCCCGCAAAACAAGAUGGCAACGAGGCACCGCCCAAGCCAAACCUCGCUACCUUGAAUAUAAAUCUAGUGGGAGUCAUAUACACUGUCCAUCUUGCCAUUCACUACAUGUACAAAAAUGCCACAAGUGAUCCGUCCGCUUCUUCAAAUGGACUGAUCGUCUGCACCGCCUCCAAUGCAGGCCUAUACCCAUUCCCUAUGGCGCCUAUGUAUGCAACCACGAAAUCUGGAGUGGUCGGGCUCGUACGAUCUCUGGCUCGCCCACUGGCAGCAGAAAGGAUCCGGAUCAAUGCAUUGGCUCCUGCUGUGAUCGAAACGAAUAUUGCGCCAAGUAAUGAUUUAUUUAAAUCAAUGAUUUUAACGCCGAUGUCUACUGCAACAAAUGCAGUGGCGCAAUUCACAGCUGAUGAGUCGUUAACGGGCAAGAUUGCGGAAUUACACGGCGAGCAUGUCACCUUCGCAGAGCCUCCAGCCUAUGUGGAUGAGGACACUAGGAAAAAUAUUGAGAACUUUUGGAAUCUAGGCUAUGCAUAG